AUGGUUCGCAACCGCCCCCGCUCUGGCUCGUCGGCCGCUGCACCUGCACAAAGCCUAGAGGGACUCGAGCAGGAGGCGCUGGAGCUGCUGGGCCAGCGCAAGCGGCGCCAACGCGUGCGCUAUAGCUGCACCGAGUGCCAUCGACGCAAACACAAGUGCGAUCGCGAAACGCCGUGCUCCAAAUGCAUCGAGCGCGGGGUGGCCGACGCAUGCACACCGCACGACGGCAGCGCCCAGGACGCCUACGACCGUGUGCGACAGCUCGAAACCGUGCUCUCGCGGCUCGUCCACGCAACGCGCAGCACGGGUGGAUCGGCUCGACCUCGUGCGGGGUCGAGUGCGUUGGGUACACCGGACGCAUCGCAGGCGGGCACACCGCGCCAAAAGAGCAAUCCCGGCGUGACGACGGCUGCGUCGCUUCCGUUCCGCGCACAGGUCGGGUCGGAGCUCAUCGAGUUCUCGUCGUCCAACCACGGCUAUCCGCCUUCGGCGCACUAUGAGCGGCUUGUGCGCGAGGGCAGCAUCGAGAAGGAUGCCAUCCGAAUGCUGGCUUCCGACCUGCCUUCGCUCGACGAUACCAAUGCGCUCCUCGACGUCUUCUUUCGCGAUAUCAAUCCGCUCAUGUUUCCCUUUGACGAGAUGUGGUUCCGCGAGGCAGUCCAUUCGGCCGCGGACAUUAUCUGGGGCGACCCGAGUACGACGUAUGGUCAGGACGGCCCCAAUCAUUUGUCGGUGAUUGCGCUGCUGUACGGUGUGCUUGCGCUGACGUAUUUGGCGCAGCCGCUGCAGAUGGGGAGCGAGGCACGCGGGGCGGAAAGGGCGGCAAGGAUGGGUUGGAGGUGUCGCGAGGUGCAUGCGCUCGCGCAGAGUAUACAGUGCCACGAUGCGUUUGUCGUGCUGAGCUUCGUGCUGCUCGCGAGGUAUUUGAUCCUGCAGAGACAGGCGCGCGAGAGCUGGUUGGUGCUGGGUCAUGCAGUGCGCCAAGCGCAGGUGCUGGGGUUGCACCGUAUGGGAAAGGCGGAGCAGGAGGAGGGGAGAGAGGCGGGCAUGCGAAGGGUGAUCUGGAUGCACCUGUUCUUCGAAGACCGCUUUUCGAGCUUGAUCGUGGGGCAGGCGCCGCUGAUCAACGAGGCGUUUUGCAAUACUCAGCCACCCCUGUCCAGGAUGGUGGAUGCGGAGAGGGAGCAGUUGGAUCUGGCCCAGGUGGUGCGGAUGCGGCACGAGCUGAGUCGCAUUGUGGGGGAUGCGCUGGAGCUGUUUUUGUCGGACGAGCGCCAGAUGUGCUACGACGCAGUGCUGCGGCUCGACCACCAACUGCAGCUGUUUCGAGACGCGCUUCCGAGUCCGUACCGCACAGACUCGCGCAUCGAGAUUGUCGAUGGUGGGCAGAGACAUGUGGCGCUGCACAGAUUCGUGCUGCACAUCAGCCUGUACUAUGUGGUGAUCUCGGUGCAUCUGCCGUACUUGCGGCAUGGCGGCGGGGAUGCAGCGUUCGAGCGCUCGAGAAAGGUGGCGAUGGAGGCGGCGGUUGGCGACCAUGCUGCGCGUGUGCGUCUGCGGCGCGAACUCGACUGGCCCAAACAUAUGGCAAGGGACAGUUUUGUAGGUGGCAGGUUCUUCUACUUUCAUGCGACCUCGACGCUGGGGAUUUGCCUGCUGUCCGAGCCGGACGAGCGCAAGGUAAGGGAGAUGAUGCCGCUGCUGGACGAGUUUUUGCAGUUUGCAAGGGAGCAUCAGAGACAGACGGGCGUGGAUCCGGACCGGUGCAUUCGGCAGGAGAUUAGUAUUGUCAGUCUGAUUCGCUCCCGCGUCCUGCGCAGAGCCGAGAGCCGUAAAGACCUCGCAAGGCCGCACGGCGGUGACGAGGCAGUGGCUGCCCCGAGUGUAGCAACGGUUGGUCUGGCGCAGGAACAGCACGAGGCGCUGCAGACGCCAGCGGGAAUGGUCGAGCUGGGCCAGCCGUCUGCAGGCGCCGACGUGUACGACUGGUGGUCCUGGCUCGUCUCGAGUCUCAGCCCAUCCGACCUUCCAUCUCUCGCCGACCAUGCAGGCUAG